GGGGUAGGGGCGGGACUUACCGCCGCGUUGGGUGAUCUUCAAGCCGGGAAGAUGUUGGCGGCCAUGUUGGUUUUGGUGGCUCCCCAACGGCCAAUGGCUCCACUCCUCCGAAACUGGUGGGAGCUACUGCAACGAAAAUUUCUGGAGACCAGGCCAGGCCUUCCCAGCCCUCCGUGGGGACCAGCAUUAGCUGUCCAAGGUUCAAAUAUAUUUAUAGAACCAGCAAAUAAUACUAAUGGAAGUAAGGAGAUCUCCAGCCUUUUGGAUAGUAUCUUUUGGAUGGCAGCACCCAAAAACAGACGCAGCAUUGAAGUUAACCGGUGUAGGAGAAGAAAUCCUCAGAAGCUUAUUAAAGUUAAGAACAACAUAGAUGUUUGUCCUGAAUGUGGUCACCUGAAACAGAAACAUGUCCUUUGUGGCUGUUGCUAUGAGAAGGUGUGCAAAGAGACUGCAGAAAUAAGAAGACAGAUAGGGAAACAAGAAGGGGGCCCUUUUAAAGCUCCUACGGUAGAAUCCAUGGUGCUAUACAUAGGAGAGACACCAUCUGAACAAGAUCAAGGCAAGAGGAUCAUUGAACAAGACAGGAAGCGACCAUCCUGGUUCACUCAGAAUUGACACCAGAGAUGUUUAAACAGUAUAACUUAACAUAAAACAUUUCUCUUGGAAAAAAUGAUUCUUUGUUUUCAGUGUUUUGUGCCUAUUUUAAAAUUAUCAGUGUGACUUAAAACAUUCUUCAUAAGCAGUUAGUUUUAUGCAGAUAAUUUGAAAAUAGGAAUAAAAUCUAAAAAUGUUUAUGUAGAUGUUCAGUGAAUUUACAUGUCUGUUUUUAUUAUAAGGUUUUAAGUAUAUAUUAAAUGUCUAGGACAAAGCAAUAAAAUAAUUUAAAAUUCAUACCAAGA